AUGGGGAAAUGCGUUGGAUCAAUACGCCUUAUCCCUCAGUUACUGAAAUUGACUGCCGUCAAAACUCUCCUGGGAGCCUCAUUUCUCUGGUUGGUCAUAUUCCAAUAUUGUCGAUAUCAGUUCUGGCGAGACCCUCACUCUGCAUUUUUCAAUGACCGCGCUGGUGUUUACGACCUAGGCUACAGUCUGAGCCGUGAACGUGAAGCGCAUCACUUCAUUACGCGGUAUAAUGCGCCCACUAAGCCGCCUGAAUCGAUCAAAGGCGGUAGCCACCCGUUGUUUUGCGUUGCGUUUGUGACCGUCCGGCGAGAAGCGGACGACUACUUUGAUCCCUCUAUUGGGUCCCUCCUUGCGGGAUUAGACCCACGAGAACGACGGGCACUCCAUCUCAACAUCCUCUUCGCCGAUACAGACCCGACCAAGCAUCCGAGCUGGGGUCAGAAAUGGGUAGAUCGGCUUGCCGAUGUGGCGGAGAAAUACAAUAUUACCGAAAACCAACUAGGGCAUUUGAAGGAACUAGAGACGGAGAGAAACUUUUAUGAAAAAGGGGUGUUUGACUAUGUAUAUGCUCUGAAUUCAUGCAAGAAGUCCAACGCUCCGUACACCGUAGUGUUCGAGGAUGAUAUUAUCAUCGCGGAGGGCUGGAUGGCAAAGACACUAAAAGCCUUAAGCGACAUCAAACGUAUGCCGUCGGACAAACGACCGUGGAUCUACCUUCGCCUCUUCUAUACCGAAACAGCACUAGGCUGGGAAUCGUCUGAUUUUGCAUAUAGGAAUAUGCCUCUCGUCUUCGCAACUGCUAUGCUGCUUACGUUCGCUUGUCUAACUGUUAUCCGUCGUCUUCGUUCCUACCGAUCGCUGAUAGACUUCCCAACAACCCUAGCAAUAAGCAUGGUUUGCGUUCCGGCUUUCGUUGCGCUUGUAUAUAUGACCGGAAAAUAUUCUCUAGCCCCUCUCCAUGGGGUUGUGGAAAUGGCUCCAUAUGGAUGUUGUACGCAGGGUAUGGUGUUCCCGAGAGACCAGGUCGAUGGGCUUAUUGCUUAUCUUCAGAAGAGAGGGCAUGGGCAGACGGAUACCAUGAUCGAAGAGUAUGCUGAAGAAAGUAAAUUGAUCAGAUAUGCUCUUGUUCCGCAGCAACUUCAGCAUGUGGGACUUAAGUCCAGCCGUGAUAAUACUGAGCUUAAUGCACAGAGCACCUGA